AUGAUUGAAGAAAACAAUGAAACUGAAAUAAUAUACAAUAACGAAAUUUCUAUGACAAGUCUGCUUCAGGUGUAUCUCAAAGAUGCGGAAAAGGUGACCUUGAAACGAAGUAUAGUUGAUAUUGAUGAAUAUAACACAUCCACGGUCGGUAACAGGCAAUUCGAGUAUGAUAAGUCAAUCUGUAUAGAAUUGAUAAAAUUUCCAUUAUUUUCAAAUCUGCAACAAUUAUUUCGAAAAAAAAAAAAAAAAGAAAGUGCAAGAGAUCAAGACGAAAGGAAUGUAUGUCUACAGUACAAUACAAAAGACUGCAGAACUUGUUCGGCAACUGUGGCAGCGCGAUGUGAAUGCCGCAAAAAAUAUGUUUCAUAUCGCAGCUUCCAUUUGGCGCAGUCAUACAGACCCGACCACUUCAACAGAAAUAGUUAUAAGGAAGAUGUGUUGCUAAUUCUUUAA